UCCGCGAAUUUGAACUUUUCUAAGCAAGCAAACACUUUUUGCACAAUGGAGCAGCAAUUUGAUUACUCAGGAGGUAAUGCAUCAAUCCAUCUUAUUUGGGAGACAUACCACUCGAUAGAUCAGGAGACCUUAAUUGCUCCUAAUAUUUCUGCAAUACAAGAAUUCCUUCCUUUUCCUUAUGAUCAACUGUUCGAUAAUCCCUCAUUAUGACAGAAAUAUUUGUCACCGUCUUAACUCUGAAUCAAAGGACAUAUGUGGUUGAUACCUUUUUCUUGUUAUUUUUUGAGCUCUUUUUCUUCACCUAUUCUGCUAGCCAGUUUCUGCUGACGGCCAUCAGCCUGGACAGGUGUGUGGCUGUCCUCUUCCCACUCUGGCAUCGCUGCCAUCGUCCCCCAUAUCUGUCCACCCUGGUUUGUGGCCUCAUAUGGAUCCUCUCCUUCCUGCUCUCUGCAGUGCACUUCCUUCUCCACCAGACCAAGGCUUUUGGAAGUUCACCUUUGUUAUACCAGUUGAUUGUGAAUGGUUUACUUUGUACACCUCUCAUGGUUGUGUCCACUGUGACUCUCUGGAUUCACAUGAGGUCUAAAUCGCAACGCAGUCAAAGAAAGUUGCUCACCACCAUUUUUCUAGCUCUUCUUUUCUUCCUCCUCUUUUCUCUCCCAAUGAAUGUCUUUUAUGUCAUUGAAUAUUUUGAUACCUAUAAUCUCCUCCUCAUGACCAUGGGGAUAGGAUGCGCCUCUCUCAACAGCAGCAUCAACCCUCUCCUUUAUUUUUUCAUUGGGAGGAAGCAGAGAGGAAAGGACCAGCCCAGAGCAUCAUACAAGGUUGCUCUGCAAAGAGUCUUCAAGGAUGAGAAGGGCAGCCCAGAAGAGCAGCAAACCAUGAAGGAAGACCAGUUGUGAAGGGUCAUAAAUACUGCAUAUAAAAUAUUUGAAGAUACAGGAUUAUUUGGGACAUAAAAUAUGAUUUCCUUAAGAAUAUACAGAAUGGAUACAAUUUAUUGAGCAAAGUGCUUAAAAACAAAGAUAUGGAAGCAGGAAGUAUUGCUGUGUCUGUAUUUUACAAUCUGUAGCACUUGUUUACCGGAAAUGUUUUAGUUGAUAUAGUUCCUUUUUAUUUCUUAUUAUUACUGUUGGGAAUAAGUCUUACUGAAGGAAUUUUUAAAAAUGUGUAAUUUAUCUUACGCAUCUUUCUUUGUGACAUGCACAUUUAUAUAAAUAUGAUGGAGAUGAAAGAUAAGGGAAAAAUCUGCCAGAGAGGUUACGGUUUCUUGAAAUGAAAUGCGUCAUUUUUGAUCCUUAAAAAUUUCAGACAUAAUAUAAUUCAAUUAUAUUUUAAAAUAUGAUUUCAUUAUGAAUAAUCAUUACUUAGUGGCUUUCUUUCUUGACUAAAGAUAUAUCACUUCUUUCAUUGUAAGACUCCCUUCCUGCCAAUCUUUUAUAGCCAUUUCAAGUCCUUAUUUUUGGGGGCAACAACCUCACCUGGCAAAGUUCUAGAAUAGAAGGACCUUAGUAGACCUUCCUUCUCAUUCCCAAACCUCAUCUGGGUUUGUAUUCUGUAAUUCUGUAUUUAUGGCAACUUUUGGAACAGAGGGUUUUAUAAAGGUUUGAGUAUGGGUGUUUGCGUAUUUGUAUUUGUAUAGAUGAUAGAUAUUAGAUAGAUAGAUAGAUAGAUAGAUAGAUAGAUAGAUAGAUAGAUAGAUAGAUAGAUAGAUAGAUAGAUAGAGGUGAUGAUAUAAUGAUGAUAGAUGAGGGAGAGAUAGAGAUGUAGGUAGCUAGGCAGAACUAGAAAUAGAAAUAAUAGAAAUAAUUUUUCAGCUUUUGUUUGCAUUCUACCCUUUUUAUGCUGGUCUAUGACCAAAAUAAAUAUUUCAUUUGAUUUGUGUUACAGAAUUGGAGACAUGUUCGCAGGAGGGAAGGCCUCUUUCUCAAGGAGCUAACAGGCAAAUCAGUUUUGAGUCAUUGAUAUGCAGAAAUAGGCUCAGAAGGGAUCCUCUCUAAAACCUUCUUAGGAUUUAUCUGAUAGAUAUGCUGAGUAUGCUUUACUCUGGCAAGAUUCCUGUCUAUUGACAAACAGCAAUAAAGAAACUAUUCUUAGAAGCUUGUUGUUUUCUUCAAGAAUUAUUUUCUUUUCUGAAGUCUACAUGCAGAAGGAAAGGAUUGCCAUCUUGAAAACAGCUCUUGGUGCUGAAGGUCACCUGUGUGGUAGUGAAACCUGGA